AGUUUUACACCCAGCAGUGAUCAGAUCAGAGGCGCGGUGUGUUACAUUGUUUCCUCCCUGGGGAUCAGCAGGAGUAACGGCUGCAGUGUGUGUGUGUGUGUGUGUGUGUGUGUGAGAUUAGACAUCAUGCCCUUCCCAGCACGGCGCAGCACACACUGCUGUGGGUCUAAAGCCCAGGAUACAGGCAGUGAGAACCAGGAAGAUGUUCCUCAUGUGAAAAGAACCCCGUCCUCUCCACAGGGCGCUCCCAGGAAGAGAUCUGCCUUCGUUGACAUUACAAAUAACAAAAAUCUCCAGAAUGUCAGGAAGAGCCAACCGCUGAAGAAAACACAGACAAGCAGAGUGUUUAUAAAAACUAACAACAAGCUGAAAGUGUCUAAACACCCCUCGCCUGAGGAGCAGUGCAGAGACCCUGAGGAUCAGACGGAGGAAUCGACAUCAUCCUACGCCGGUGUGUCCCCUCCUCCUCAGGAGCCGCCUGCAGUCCAGGAACUAAAGGUCCCGGAAGAGUUCGAUGUUGAUAAGGAACACGCAGGCGACUGUCUGAUGAGUCCCGAGUACGCUAAAGAUAUUUUUGACUACCUCAGAGAGAGAGAGGAGAAAUUUGUCCUGACCGAUUACACACACACUCAGCCGGACCUGACGGCGGGUAUGAGAGGAAUUCUAAUUGACUGGAUGGUGGAGGUUCAGGAAAACUUCGAGCUGAACCACGAGACUCUGUACCUGGCGGUGAAGCUGACGGAUCAUUACCUGUCCGUCACCGAGGUGAUGAGGGAGUCGCUGCAGCUCAUCGGCUCCACGGCCAUGCUCAUCGCUGCCAAGUUUGAAGAGCGGCGUCCUCCCAGCAUCGAUGACUUUCUGUACAUUUGUGACGACGCCUACCAGAGACAGGAAUUCCUGGUUAUGGAGAGGAACAUUCUCCAAGGUCUCGACUUCGAUAUUAACGUCCCUGUGCCGUACAGGUUUCUCAGACGCUACGCAAAGGUGGCGCGUGCUAGCAUGGAGACGCUAACUUUAGCACGGUACGUGUGUGAACUGAGCCUGCUGGAACUGGAGCUGGUGGAGGAAAGAGCAUCACGCUUAGCAUCCGCCUGCCUCCUGCUCGCCCUCAUCACCAACUGCCUGGGAGGAUGGACGCCGGCGCUGCAGUACCACAGCGGAUACACACUGGGUGAACUGGGGCCACUGGUGAGGAGACUCUACGCCAUGCUGGCCAGUCCUUCAGACCGGAACCUCCGAGCCGUGGAGAACAAAUACUCUCACACAGUUUUCUUUGAAGUUGCUAAAAUGCCGCUGGUUCACAUCGAAGCGCUGGAGGAGGCGCUGAGAGACCCGCACUGUCCUCGGCCUUAAUGUACACCGAACGUGGAACCUGUGUGUUAGUCUGUAAAUAGUAUUUAUUAUUUGUAUAUAUUUUUAUUGUAGUAGUUUUUAUUACCUAAAAAAAACCCAAUACUUUUAUACCCAGUGUGUAGUUUUAUUAAACAGAACCUCAGUGUGUAAAUCAGAGCAGCUCGAAUCUCUCGUCCAGCUGCAGGUUCGGUCCCGGGUGGAGUCUCACGUCUCCGUCUGGGUUUCGGACGGGUUCUCCAGGCUCCUCCCACUUCCCAACAACAGGUCCGUGUCUGGACUUGACCUGGACCCUAAACUGGGCCGAAACAUUUAAUAUGGUGUUUGUAGCAGACGAUUUUAAUUAAAUCUUAAAGUGUUUUAGAGAAGCUGGAGCGUGUCAGGGUUUAUUUAAUUAUAUUUAUUAUAAACACAUUUAUUUAUCUCCAGAAGUCCUGUAUCGGUGAGGUGGAUUCAGAGCGUUUUCCAGGAGCAUGCAGAAUACACCCUUAAUUGAAUGCUAAACACACACACACACAAUGCAUUAGGUAGUCCAGCGCUCAUGUUAUUUGGAGACCCGAGUAGGACCCACAGGGACGCAGGGAGAACGUGUGAACCUCCAGAGGAAGCUGAGCUCAGACUUUUUUAUAUUAAAGUUAUUUUUAGCUUUAUAUCAGUCGUUACUCUACAGUGUGUAAAUAAAGAUUACUGAAUGGAUUUGUUUUCAACAAUAAAGACCCGCACAUGAGCUCUGUCUGGAGCAGAACCCUGAGAACCUUCACCUGUGCCUCACACACACACACACACACCUCUCACC